AGGAGAUGCCAGAGAUCAGUCUGCAUGAAAAAAGCAUCUUAAAUGUGCAUCAGUUUUGCACUGCCCUAUACCUCUCCAGCAAUCUCCUCUUUUCAACAUCAAAUGAUUAGCAGUUGAUCUGACAUGUAUAACCACAGCCAGGCGGGGGCUUGACCUGUGUGUCCAACAGUGCAUUAACCCUUGUUACAAAGUCCUGUCCGAAGAUCAAUAAACAUUGCCUUUCCAACUCCUACUGACGAGAUCCCCACAUGAACAUGGAUAUCGCCACAGUAAAUGCUCUUCCUUACGAGGAUUUUGUGAAUAUUUUGGGCAAUGUGGUGGAGAAAUGUCCCAUUAUAACAGCUGCUGUGUGGUCGAGGCGUCCCUUUGUGAACUUGACUGCUUUGGAGACUGCAAUCAGCGAAUUCAUCGAUGCUCUCCCAGAAUCAGGUAAAGAGGGGAUCCUCAGGUGUCACCCGGACCUCGCGGGCAGGGACCUCCAGAGCGGCACCCUGACCCGGGAGUCGCGCGAGGAGCAGGCAGGAUCCGGGAUGGAUGCGCUGAACUCCGCGGAAGCCUCGCGCAUGGCCCGACUCAACGAGGAGUACAAGGAGCGCUUCGGUUUCCCGUUUGUCAUCUGCGCCCGGAUGAACGACAAGGCGAACAUAUUACGGCAGCUGUCCGAGCGCUGUCCGAACGAGCGCGCGGUGGAGAGGGCGCGCGGUAUAGAGGAGGUGAAGAAGAUAUGUCGCCUGCGUCUUCAAGAUCUCGUGCUCAUUGACGCUCCCAACAAGUUAUGAACCUUAACAAUGAGUUUAUACUCAUUUUUUACUGUGCCUGUUCAACAACCCGGAUGUCCUGAGGACUGUAGGCCUUGUCCUGAGGACUGUAGGCCUAUAGGCUGUGUGAUAUUUGCUUUAUUCCAAAUGUCAUGUGCGGGUAUUCAUGCAUCAUACUGUACAAUUAAUUAUUUAAACAAUAGAAUAUGUGUAGCCUACCUUUGAUUCUAAUGUAACAAUGUACACGAUAAUAGCUUAGGCUUAUAUACAAGUGGCAAAUAUAUUGUAUUACGCAUAGGCCUAUAUACAUUCAGAAACUUGAUUAUACUCACAUGUCUGAGAUGAAAAACAAUUCACUGUAAAACUUUAUUAGACCAUGCAACAGUUUGUGCUGAACCCAUGAUGCUGGGGGCAAGGGGGGAGGGGUUAAGAAAUGUCCCUUCAGUCCAGUAAAUGACAGUGGCAGUGGUAGGAUAUCCAAUAAGGAAGAUCGAGGUCCCUUCAAGGGGAUUCCUGGAUAAGGAGCACUUUAUUUAAAUGCCAUAACUCUAAGAGAGACUCAUAGGUUUCACUCUCCAAUAUCGUCCUAAUUAUGAACAUAUAUAUCCUCAAAUAGGACUGCCUUAAAAUGGAUUUGAAGUCUAUUUAUAUUUGUUUCCAUCGAAACCAAUUAAAAAGAUCCUUGCAAUAUGAGUUUAAGUCCCAGUCAGAACCUGCUGCGGGUCUAUGCGAGCUCCCUGGCCUUAGGUGCGGAGAGGGCGGGACCGUGCAGCGGGGAAACGGGGGGUGAGGUGGUGUGAGCUCCGUUUGUAGAGGUGACCCCUCCCGCGGCUUCCCCUUGGUCCCCAGAGCUGAUGGAGGAGUCCUGGUCCGGGUCAGCUCCCCUCGCCCUCCUCCGGUCCUCCUCCUUCUUCCACUUCAUGCGCCGGUUCUGGAACCAGAUCUUGAUGUGGCGCUCGGUGAGGCUCAGGGUGAGCGCCAGCUCCACGCGGCGCGGCCUCGAGAUGUAGCGGUUGAACAGGAACUCCUUCUCCAGCUCCAGCAGCUGGGCUCGCGUAUAGGCAGUCCUCGUGCGUUUAUUUUCCUCUGAUUCCGCAAUCACGUAUGGGCCUGGAGACAAACAGAUAUUUAGUGUCCUCACAAAUGAGAUACAACUUCAUAAAAGUAAUUUGUCAAAGGCAUUUGAAUGUUUAUAAUUAGUGUUGUUUGGUCUAAAUUUCAAGCAAUGUCAUUGUAAAGUCAUUUGAUUAAUUAUCAUAAA